AUGCUGCGGAGAGGAAUUUUCAGGGUGGCUGUUUAUGCCCGGUCCCAGAAAACAUGCGCCGCCGGGGUCAAAAACCUCCCCGCGGCAGCAGCGGGGACGAGGGCUUGGCUCUCCGCCACAUCAGGCGGAGACAGCAGUGACAGUGACGACGUAACCCCGCCCAAGACGAAACUCGCGUUUUCCUCCAGCGUGUACGGCAAGGAUCCGGCUUCUGGCGGAGAACCAACCGCGGAGGAGGCGGCCGCUGCCGCGCAACUCAAGCGGGAGGCGGAGGCGGGCACCGCAAGGGAGGGGGCAGCGGCCGCACCCGUUCACGACAACAGAAACAUGUUCGACUCUUCGCUGUCCCAGCAGGCUGAGGACGGGAAAGAGUCCGGGAGUAUCAAGCGCGACGUUGCGGCCGACACCCCGGACGCCACACGAGUGGCAUUCGGCGCUACCGCCUACGGCAAAGACCCCGAGGCCGCCGCUGCGCUUUCAGCGCAGGAGGCUGAAGAGGUUGAAGCAUUGCGGGCGAGGGCAAAGGGCGACGGUGUUGCCGGUGCAGCAGCGGCCCCGCUUCACGACAGACGCAACAUGUUCGAUUCCGACUUGACGCAGGGCGCAGGGAGCACGCAAGCGUUCGAUGCCAUCAAACGCGACGUUAAAACGGAUACGCCGGAUGCGACACGAGUAGCCUUCCGCGCGAGUGCUUACGGGAAAGACCCUCAAACGGCCGCUGCGCUCUCUGAGCAAGAGGCAGCCGAGGUGGAAGCGCUGCGGAUGAGGGCCCAGGGCCGGGGUGCUGCAGCCGCGGCUCCGGUCCACGACUCCAGGAGCAUGUUCGACUCCGAUCUCACGCAAGGCGCCGGGAGCACGCAAGGGUCUGACUCGAUCAAGCGCGAAGUUUCGGGCGACACCCCGGACGCUACACGAGUAGCGUUCCGUGCGAGCGUUUACGGAAAGGACGGCCAGGCGGCCGCUGCGCUUUCGGAGCAGGAGGCCGCCGAGGUGGACGAGUUACGGGUGAGGGCACACGGUGCGGGCGCCUCGUCCGCUGAUGCCGCACCUGUGCAUGAUUCUAGGAGCAUGUUUGACUCCGAUCUCACGCAGGGCGCUGGGGCCAUGCAGGGUUCGGACUCGAUCAAGCGCCACGUUGCGGCCAACACGCCGGAAGCGACGCGGUUGGUCUUCGCAGGGUCCGACUACGGGAAGGACCCGCGCUCCGUGGACAACUCGGAGAAGAAGAAGGCGGAGAUCGCGGCGCUCGCGGAGAGAGUGGGGGCGGGCACCCCCGCCGCUGCGGCGGCGCCCAUCCACCACGAUAGAUCGAUGUUUGACUCGGACCUUGCGGAAGGCGCGGGUGCAGCACGGGAGUCGACGGCGAUCAAGCGCCACGUUGAGACGGCGACGCCGGCGUUGACUCGUCUCAGUUUCUUCGGAAGCACCUAUGGCGAUGACGAUCCUGGCUCCAACAAAGCGGAUCACGCUCAAGCAUUGGCGGAGAAGCAAAAGAAGGGGGCCAAGCUGGCGAGGGUAGGAGCAGGUGUCCAAAGCGCGAAGGUCCACAACACGGAGAAGGCGAUGGCCGAUGACGAGUAUUCCCAAGCAGGAUCGGAGUGACUCGCACGAAUCCCGCCACUCGUCUCUUUCAGCCCGACAGCAGCAGUUGCGAGAAGUGCGAUAUAUUCCGCGUGUCGAGCUAGCGAAGGCAUGUGUAUAACGUCUCAUGUAGCAGCACCGUUGAACGUUUCUGCCGUAGAUGUGGCGAUGAGCCUCGGGACGUGAUGUGGGGAAUGUUGGUACGGUCAAGAAUGAUAAGUUAGUGCAACAAUCGGUUAGCAAUGUACGUGUUUGGCUUCGGGGGUGUUUUAGCUUUGUCGACAGCCUUUUAGAGAGGAAUAACGGAUGGUCACAAGGGAAAAAUGUGGAUGCCUUGUACAUGGAAAUGGGACGGUACAGAAAAAAGGGGUUGGUGCACUGAUUGUAGUGAAACCAU